AUGUCCUGGUGUGGGGACCAGAUCCUGGUGUGGGGACCAGAUCCUGGUGUGGGCACUGCAUCCUGGUGUGGGGACCAGAUCCUGGGAAUGAGUGACAAGCAGCUCCCCACAGCUCCUGGCCACCCCACCAGCAAUGGGGACACCAACACCUCAGCCCCCAGCUGCCCCGAGCGCUGGGUUGAGCCCCAGUUCACCCCAGCGGCGCGGGUCCGCGUGGCGGUCACAGCUGUCUUCUUCCUGCUGGCGGCGGGCAGCAACGCGGCCGUGCUGGGCAGCCUGCUCAGGAGGAGGAGGAAAUCCCACGUGCGGCCGCUGAUCCUCAGCCUGGCCCUGGCCGACCUGCUGGUGACGCUGGUGGUGAUGCCCCUGGACGUGGCGUGGAACGUGACGGUGCAGUGGUACGGAGGGGACGUCUCCUGCAAGGUCCUCAACUUCCUCAAGCUCUUCGCCAUGUAUGCGGCUGCCCUGGUGCUGGAGGUCAUCAGCCUGGACCGGCAGGCGGCCGUGCUCCGGCCCUUCUCCCGCGCCCGCCGCCGCCACGGGCUGCUCCUCCGCGCUGCCUGGGCCAGCAGCCUGCUCCUGGCUUUGCCACAGCUUUUCCUCUUCCACCUGCGCACAGUUCCAGGACGGAACUUCACCCAGUGUGUUACUCAUGGGAGCUUCCGAGCGCACUGGGAGGAAACCCUCUACAACAUGUUCACCUUCACCACCCUCUACAUCACCCCCCUGAGUGUCAUGAUCGUUUGCUACAUCCGGAUUGUUUGGGAGAUCAGUAAGCAGCUGAAGAUCAACAAAGGUUUGAUGAGAAAUCAACAUGAUCACAUCUCCAAGGCCCGCAUGAAGACUCUCAAGAUGACCAUAGUGAUUGUCGCCACCUUCAUCAUAUGCUGGACCCCAUACUACCUCCUGGGCUUGUGGUACUGGUUCCAGCCAGCCAUGAUCCAGAAGAUGCCAGAGUAUGUCAACCACAGCUUCUUUCUCUUUGGCUUGCUACACACGUGCACUGACCCCAUCAUCUAUGGACUGUACACCCCCUCCUUCAGGGAGGAUGUGCAGUUGUGUCUCAGGGGCAUUGAAACAGCCAUUAGCAGGCAUGAGAGACAUCAGCCUGUCUCAGUUUCAGAGAAGAACAUCAAAGAUGGUGUGGUAAAUGGUGGGGUGGCAUCAGGGUGUUCCAAUGGGACAACUGCCAACACGGUCUGCUGA